AGCUCUGCUGUCAGGAAGACCAAGAGGGAGAAGAUGGACACCAUGUUGAGGAACGACUCUCUGAGCUCUGACCAGUCCGAGUCCAUCAGGCCGCCGCCACCAAAGCCCCACAAAACCAAAAAGGGGGGUAAGAUGCGGCAGGUGUCCCUGAGCAGCUCGGAGGAGGAACUGGCCACCACACCGGAGUACACCAGCUGUGAGGACGUGGAGAUAGAGAGUGAGUCUGUCAGUGAGAAAGGAGAUUUGGAUGGCCACUGGUUGGACCAUGCGUCAUGGCAUAGCAGCGAGGCCUCCCCAAUGUCUUUGCAUCCAGUGACAUGGCAACCCUCCAAAGAUGGGGAGCGCCUAAUAGGGCGGAUUCUGCUCAACAAGCGGAUGAAGGAUGGAAGUGUACCUCGAGACUCAGGAGCACUGCUGGGACUGAAGGUGGUGGGUGGAAAGAUGACAGAAUCUGGUAGACUUUGUGCUUUCAUCACUAAAGUGAGGAAAGGAAGUCUAGCGGACACUGUUGGACACCUCAGACCAGGCGACAGGUGCUGGAGUGGGAACGGGAGGUUUUUACAAGGAGCCACAUUUAAAGAAGUUUACAAUAUCAUUCUAGAAUCAAAGCCAGAACCCCAGGUGGAACUGGUGUCUUCAAGGCCCAUAGGGUAAAGACCCACAACAGCAAUACACAUAUUCUCGAUACCAGACAGCACACAUGCACAACUGGAAUCAAGUUCGAGUUCCUUUGAGUCUCAGAAGAUGGAUCGCCCUAUCUCUGUCACGUCUCCCAUAUGAGCCCCGGGAUGCUGCGGACGCCCCCAGUACCUGUCAGGACAGCUCUCAGUCAAACUGUGGUAUGACAAAGUGGGCCAAUCAGCUAAUAGUCACCAUCCUGGGAGCCAGGACCUGCCUUCUAGGGAAGAUGCGCCCAGGAACCCUUACGUCAAAUCUACUUCCGUCCCUGACAGAAGCGACAAAAGCAAGAGGAGAACAAAAACGGUAAAGAAAUCCUUAGAGCCCAAAUGGAACCAGACCUUUAUGUAUUCUCCUGUGCACCGGCGGGAGUUCCGUGAGCGCAUGUUGGAGAUCACCCUGUGGGACCAGGCCAGGGUCAGGGAGGAGGAAAGCGAGUUCCUGGGAGAGAUACUGAUAGAGCUGGAGACAGCCCUGCUGGAUGAUGAGCCUCACUGGUACAAGCUGCAGACCCACGACGUGUCCUCCAUGCCCCUCCCCCGCGCCUCGCCCAACCCCCAGCGCAGACAGCUCCACGGAGAGAGCCCCACGAGGAGGCUACCCAUACAGAGUAGGUUUACCCCUCUGCCCUAA